CUCAACGUGAUUAUUCUUAAUUAUCGGCCAAUCCUAAUUUGCGCCAAGACACCCUCGAUGACCAACUUAACAUAUUUCUCUUCUGCGCCAAAAGCAGGCAAGAGCUUGUGAACUAUAUUAGGAGUUAUAUUUCAAUGACUUGGAGCGUAGAAGCUAGCAGUAUCCUGGCGCGGCUAAGAACGACGUCAACAUUGUGAGGAGCGUCGUUUUGAAGGAGCCAUGGCGUCAAGAGAUAAUGAGGUCCCUCAGUAUCCUGGGCAGCUAAAAAACGCUCUAUACCUUCAGCCGAAGGCAGCAGCAGGCGUGCAUGCACCUAAGGCAGCCAAGAAGUAUGCCCAGGCGCAGGCUGCAGCCCAAGUGUCCGCGACGCGGUCAUUGGCACCGCUCGAGGCCACGGCGGGUGUUGAAAAAGCGCAGCAGAUCCGCUCCUCGCUGCUCUCCCUAGGUAGCAGGAAGGCCCCCGUGUUGGAGAAGCUAAGGCUUACGCCACAGUCCCCAAAGACUGAUGUGCCGCCGCUUGACAAGCCCCUGUCAGCGGUGGCUCCACCCCUGCGUGGCUCUGGUCGCAAAAAGGAGGAUGAGCAAGCAGGCAUCACCGCCACCACCAUCACCCCAUCGGGCAUCGUUAGCCGGCCUAGCGUCGCUGACAGCGGGCGCAGCCACUCGCCCACCCAUGCAGCAACGCAGGCGCGGCUGGCCGGCAAGCAGGACCUGGGAGAAGCGCUGCCGUACGUCAAGCUCAUCUACACGCUGCGGGAGUACCCCAACACGGAGGACUUUGUGUACCUGCGCCGCAUGGACCGCAACCCCUCGGAGUACGACCCGUAUGCAUUGGAGGUUGUUCCCUUCGCGGCCAUUGACCAGCGGGACUUCUACACCAUGUCGGUGCGUGGCAUCACCCACUACCUGGAUGGCACCUCCUCCGACUUUGCAACCCUGGACCAAUGGGAGCGUGAGCUGCACCUCUUCACGCGGCUUAAGCACCUCAAGAUGUUCCGGCUGUACAAGCUGUGGAAGGCCUUCCGGCUGUGGAAGCGCGCAGUCAACCAGCACAAAUUCUCCAAGGCGCGCUCAUCCCUGGAGCGCAACCUUUUCCAGCUGUCCCCCGUGUUCCAGGGCCCGCUGCGGCGCUUCCAUGGGCUGUGCUUCGACCUCAGCCACAUGCGCAUGCACAACCUGGUGACUGGCAAGGUGUACACGCUGGAUGAGUUUGUGGCGGAGCAGAGCGACCACAAAGCCACCGUGGAGGGCCGCCUGGCGCACUUCCACGACGACACCUUCCAGACGGUGCUACAGGCAUGCAGGGACGAUCUGGACAAGCUGGAGGAGCGGCUCGCCGAGUUUAACAAGAAGCACGACGAGAACGAAACCCAGCGUGCCGGUGACCUUGCCAAAUCGCAACACAGCAACUUCCUGGCUCGUGCCGAAGCGGAGAAGGAGCGGGAGCAGGGGCAGUCGGACUUUGCCUACACCAUUGCAGCAGCGCGGCGCUCCGAGCAACGCCGCUUGCUAAACUUCAUUCGCCUUGCAGAUUACAUGGUGUGCGACACACUGCACAGCGUCCUGCUGGAAUCCCUGCGCGAGCUCCUGGACGGGACGCGGCCAAAGAGAACCGUCAUGGUGCUGUUCAAGGAGAUGGACGCCGCCGAUAUCGAGGAAGCCGAUGUGGUGUCGUCGGGCUCGGAUGCGCUGUUCCAGCUGGAGCUGCUGCUUGCGGACAACCAGGAGGACCUGUUGUACGACCCGCACCCGGAGGAGUUCUUCGAGGAGAUGCAGCGCAUCAUGGCCAACUACCUGGAGAGCCUGUGCGGCAUCACGCGGCUGUACGGCGACGGCACGCUCAUGUCGGUGGUGAUGGGCGAGAAGGCGGGCGAGGUGGAGGCGGGCACGGAGCUGCAGGAGCUCAUCACCAACGAGAACUACGACGAUCUGGUGGUGUCAGUGCGCGACAGUGUGGUGGAGGCGUUCAAUUACGCGGAGGACCACAAGCAGUGCUACCUGCCCUACCGCGACAUGGUCCUCUUCCACAACACGCUCGACAUCUUUGGCCUGGCGCCGCUCUUCAAGGCCAAGAGCGACCCGCUGCCCACAGAGGACAGCACACCAGAGGCCGCCAAGCAGCAAGCCGGCGACGCGGGUGGUUCCAGGGCCGAUGGAGGCGACGCCGCGCAACAAAAAGACCAGCAGCAGCAGCCCCAGCAGCAGCCGCAGCAACAGCGUGUCACGCUGGCAACCUUCAGGCAGCUCAUGGACUUGCUGGCGGAGCAGAAGGCGCAGAUGGAGGCGCUGCUGCCGUACCGCGACGUGUCCAUCGUGCGUGUGGCGGUGGGGCACUUCAAGGGUGCCGUCAUCCCCAGUCCCACGCGGUGUCUGCAGGAGAUGCAUGCCAUGCUGCCGGCGCUGGCGGCGGACCUGUUCCACGACUUCAUGAGCACGGUGCAGAACGCGCUAAGCAGGCUGCAGGCCCCCAGCAGUGCCGUGGAGGAGUACGUAGAGAAGCUGCAGUUCCUGGCAGAGGUACGCGAGGCAGAGAAGCGGCUGGACGGCGCAUGCAACGAGAUCCACGAUCUGUACGGCCUGAUCGACGAGUACGACAUUCCCGUACCGCCCAUGGACCGUGCGGCCUACGCCACCAUGGACAGCACCUACAACACGCUUAAGACGACGAUGGAGGAGGUGGAGGGCGCCCGGGAUGACCAUGUAUCCAAGUACAGCGCGAACCUGGAGUCGGGCAUCGAGUCCAUCAGCAAGGAGGUGACUGAGAUCCGCAACGAGGCGCAGCACGAGAUGGUGCUGAGUGAGGACAGCGAGCACGACAAGGUGGUCGCCUACCUGCAGCAGCUCAAGGAGGCGGUGGACAGGCUGCAGGCUGAGUCGGCGCGCAUCAACAAGUACCAGCGGCUCUUUAAGGUUCCGGAGUCCAAGUCGGAGGACCUGGGUGACACCGCGGACGAGGUCAACCUCAAGCUCAACCUGUGGCUGGGCCGCGCGGAGUGGGAGUCCAUCACCGACAUCUGGUGUGUCACGCACUUUGACUCGCUGGACAUGACCACGCUGGAGGACACCACGCAGCGCUUCCACAAGAUGGUCUACAAGAUGGAGCGCGGUCUGCCUCCCAACAAGCUGGUACCCAAGUUCCGUACGGCAGUGGACGACUUCCGCAACCUGUUGCCCGUGGUUUCGGCGCUGCGCAACCGGGCUCUCAAGGAGCGGCACUGGUCCAAGAUCUUUGAGACCAUUGGGCAGCAGAUCCCGCGUGACAACACCUUCACGCUGCAGGUGCUGCUUGACGCCAAGGUGCAGGUGUGGAAGGACGCCAUCUCCACCAUCUCCACGGAGGCAACGCAGGAGAUGGCGCUGGAGGAGCUGCUGGCAAAGGUGUCCAACAAGUGGGUGGAUCUGGAGUUCAAUGUCAUCCCCUACAAGGAGAGCAAGGACGUGUUCAUCCUGGGAGGCAUCGAGGACAUCCAGAUCGCGCUGGAGGACAGCAUGGUCACCAUGUCCACCAUCCUCGCCUCCCGCUUCGUGGCGGGUAUCCGACCCGAGGUGGAGAAGGUGGAGCGGCAGCUCACGCUGUUCGCGGACACGCUGGACGAGUGGGUGGCGGUGCAGAAGGCGUGGAUGUACCUGGAGCCCAUCUUCUCCGCGGUGGACAUCCAACGGCAGCUGCCGGUGGAGGCCAAGGCGUUCUUUGCGGUGGACAAGCAGCUGCGGGAGAUCAUGCGGAGGACGAAGGACCGGCCGAACGCGCUGAUUGCGGGGACGCACCCCGGCGUCCUGGAGACGUUCCAGAAGGCCAACGAGACGCUGGAGAAGAUCCAGAAGAACCUGGAGGACUACCUGGAGACCAAGCGCAUGGCCUUCCCGCGCUUCUACUUCCUGUCCAACGACGAGCUGCUGGAGAUCCUGGCGCAGACCAAGAACGUGCAGGCCGUGCAGCCGCACAUGGGCAAGUGCUUCGACGGCAUCCGCCGCCUGGACUUUGGCGACGACCCCAAGUCCAUAGACAUCUACGCCAUGAUCUCCGGCGAGGGCGAGCGCGUGAGUCUGGGCAAGAACACCAAGGCGCGCGGCAACGUGGAGAAGUGGCUGGGCGAUGUGGAGAGCGCCAUGAUUGCCAACCUCAAGAAGCUGGCCAAGUCGGGCUGGGUGUCGUACCCCGAGGAGGCUCGUUCCGGCUGGGUGUUGAAGCAGCCCGCGCAGCUGGUGAUCGCCAUCAGCCAGGUGUACUGGUGCCACGGGGUGGAGGAGGCGCUCAAGAGCACCGACCCGGUGCAGGCGCUGGGGGACUACCGCAUGAUCAACGUGCGCCAGCUGGCCGACCUGACCAAGCUGGUGCGCGGCGAGCUGUCCUCGCUGCACCGCCGCAUCAUCGCCGCGCUCAUCACCAUCGACGUGCACGCGCGCGACAUCGUGGACUCGCUGCACGCGGGCGGCGUGACGGACAUCAACAGCUUCCAGUGGCAGAUGCAGCUGAGGUACUACUUUGAGAAUGAGGACAUCAUCGUGCGACAGGUGAACGCUCGCUUCGUGUACGCGUACGAGUACCUGGGUGCGCAGCCGCGUCUGGUGGUGACCCCCAUGACGGACCGCUGCUACCUCACACUCACGGGGGCGCUGCACCUCAAGCUGGGAGGCGCGCCAGCGGGGCCGGCUGGCACGGGCAAGACGGAGACCACUAAGGACCUGGGCAAGGCGCUGGGAGUCAACUGCGUGGUGUUCAACUGCGGUGACAACCUGGACUACAAGUUCAUGGGCAAAUUCUUCAGCGGCCUAGCUCAGUGCGGCGCCUGGGCUUGCUUUGAUGAGUUCAACCGCAUUGACAUUGAGGUGCUGUCAGUGGUGGCACAGCAGCUGCUGACCAUCCAGAACGCGCUCAAGGCGGGCAUGGGCACCUUCAACUUCGAGGGGCGCAUCAUCAAGCUGGUGCCCACAUGCGGCGUGUUCAUCACCAUGAACCCCGGAUACGCGGGCCGCACGGAGCUGCCGGAUAACCUCAAGGCUCUGUUCCGCCCCAUGGCCAUGAUGAUUCCCGACUACGCGCUGGUGGCCGAGGUGAUGCUGUUCAGCGAGGGCUUCGAGGACUCCAAGACGCUGUCGCGCAAGAUGGUGAAGCUGUACAAACUGUCCAGCGAGCAGCUCAGCCAGCAGGACCACUACGACUUUGGCAUGCGUGCCGUCAAGUCGGUGCUUGUGAUGGCCGGCAGCCUCAAGCGCGCCAACCCCGACCUCAGCGAGGACGUGGUGCUCAUCCGAGCCAUGCGCGAUUCCAACCUGCCCAAGUUCCUGGUGGACGAUGUGGAGCUGUUCCAGAACAUCAUAUCCGACCUCUUCCCGGGCCUGACAGUGCCGGACCAGGAUUUCGGCGAGUUGGAGCACAGCAUCCGCGCCGUGCUGUCUUCCCGCGGCCUGCAGCAGCCGCAGUCCUUUGUGACCAAGGUCAUCCAGCUGUACGACACCAUGAAUGUGCGCUUCGGCGUCAUGCUGGUGGGACCCACGGGCGGCGGCAAGACGGAGUGCUACCGCACACUGCAGGGCGCCACCACUCGGCUGCGGACGGAGGUGAAGCACCCCUCGGACACGUACCAGGUCACACACACCUACACCUUCAACCCCAAGUGCAUCAAGAUGGGCGAGCUGUACGGCGAAUACAACCUGCUCACCAACGAGUGGUCCGACGGCCUGGGCUCCACCCUCAUUCGCUCCGCCGUCAACGACACCACACCCGACCGUAAAUGGGUGGUCUUUGACGGCCCAGUUGACGCGAUCUGGAUCGAGAACAUGAACACCGUGCUGGAUGACAACUGCACGCUGUGCCUGCCCAACGGAGAGCGCAUCAAGCUCAACCCGGUUACCAUGCGGAUGCUGUUUGAGGUGCAGGAUCUUGCGGUGGCGUCUCCGGCUACCGUGUCGCGUUGCGGCAUGGUGUACAUCGCGUUGGAAGAGUUGGGCUGGCGGCCGGCCAUCCAGACAUGGGCGCGACAGACGCUGCUGGAGGCGAUUCCGCAGAUCCGGCCCGAGACGGCGGAGGCCAUUUAUGCCAUGUUUGACAGCUACGUGGACGGCGGUCUGGCGUUUGUGCGCAAGUCGGGCAGGGAGUAUAUUGCCAGUGUGGAUAACAACCUCACUACCUCGCUGGCGUACAUGCUGCAGAGCCUGGUGUCUCCCUCCCGCGGCUUCAACUGGGCCGCCAAGCCCGAGGAGAUCACCAUGGCGCUGGGCAAGCUGUUCGGCUUCUGCUACGUGUGGGCGCUGGGAGGCAACCUGGUGCACACGGCCAAGGAGGAGUUCGACGACUUCAUUCGGGAACACCUGCAGACGCUGUGCGCCUUCCCCGGCUCCGGAUCCAUCUUUGACUUCUAUCUGGAUUGCAACAAGCGCUUCCCGCCCGAGUUCAAGCCCUGGACCGACAUCGUGCCCACCUUCACCUACAAGCGCGAGCUGCCGUACUUCCAAAUGAUGGUCCCCACCGUGGACACCGUGCGCUUCUCCUACCUGCUGGAGGCCUGCCUGGACGUGCAGCGUUCCGUGCUGUUCACAGGUGUUACGGGUGUGGGCAAGAGCGUCAUCACGGUGGCCGCGCUGGAGGACAUCCGCGAGCGCAAGAACGUGGUGCCCUUCACCAUCAACUUCUCAGCGCAGACGCAGGCUAUCGACACGCAGCUGUUGAUUGAGAGCAAGCUGGAGAAGAAGCGCAAGACGCGGUACGGCGCCCCCGUCAACAAGCGCAUCGUGUUCUUCGUGGAUGACGUAAACAUGCCGGCACGCGAGAAGUACGGCGCCCAACCGCCCAUCGAGCUGCUGCGGCAGUUCCAGGACUUCAAGGGCUUCUACGACCGCAAGAAGCUGUUCUGGAAGGACGUGGAGGACACCACCCUCUGCGCCGCCUGCGCUCCCCCGGGCGGCGGCAGGCAGGAGAUCACGCCGCGCUUCGUACGGCACUUCACCAUGCUGUGCGUGCCGCCGCCCAGCGAUGCCGCCACCAAGACCAUCCUCUCCGCCAUCUUCAACGGUUUCCUAGCCGACUUCCCGCGUGAGAUCUCCUCCGCUGCCGUACCCAUUGUCAACUGCUCCGUCGAGGCGUACAACCGCAUCUCCGAGGAGCUGCUUCCCACCCCCGCCAAGAGCCACUACACCUUCAACCUGCGCGACCUGUCCAAGGUGUUCCAGGGCAUGCUGAUGAUCACAUCGGGCAACUGCAAGGACCGAGACACGCUCAUGCGGCUGUGGCUGCACGAGUCGCUGCGGGUGUUCCAUGACCGCCUGAUCAACAACGAGGACAAGGACUACUUCAAGCGCAUGCUGGUGGAGCUGGCCAGCAAGCACGGCCUGGGCUCAGCCACCUACGAUGAGCUGUUCGGACCCGGGCACUUCAUCAUGUUCGGGGACUGGAUCAAGUUGGGCCUGGAUCGCGAGGAGCGGCGGUACGAGGAGAUCGGCGGCGACGUGUCGCGGGUGGUGUCGGUGCUUGAGGAGUACCUGGACGAGUACAACCUGUCCAACACCAAUGCGCUCAACCUGGUCUUCUUCAUGGACGCGGUGGAGCACAUCACCCGCAUCGCCCGCAUCCUGCGCCAGCCGCGCGGCAACGCCAUGCUGGUGGGGGUGGGCGGCAGCGGCAAGAGCUCGCUCACGCGCUUCGCCACCUUCAUGGGCGGCUUCAAGAUCUUCUCCAUCGAGCUCACCCGUGGCUACGGAACCAACGAGUUCCGGGAGGACCUCAAGAAGCUGUACCGCACCGCAGGUAUCGAUGGCGAGCCGGUUGUGUUCCUGUUCAGCGACACCCAGAUCGUGAGCGAGAGCUUCCUGGAGGACAUCAACAACAUGCUCAACAGCGGCGAGGUGCCGGGCAUGUUUGCACAGGAUGAGAAGGACCGCAUCGUGAACGACAUCCGCGAGUGGGUGGUCGCCACCGGCGGCAACCCCGCCAAGGACGGCUGCUACACCGCCUUCGUGAACCGCGUGCGUGACAACCUGCACUGCGUGCUGGCCAUGAGCCCCGUGGGUGAGGCCUUCCGCAGCCGCUGCCGGCAGUUCCCCUCGCUCAUCAACUGCACCACCAUCGAUUGGUUCAGCGCAUGGCCGGAGGAAGCGCUGCUGAGCGUGAGUCAGAAGUUCCUGGCGGGUACGGAGCUGGGCGGGGACGGCGUGAGGGACGCGCUGGCGACCAUGUGUGUCACGAUCCACACCAGCGUGUCGGCCGCCUCGGACCGCUUCUACGCCGAGCUGCGGCGGCGCUACUAUACCACCCCCAAGUCCUACCUGGACCUCAUCAACCUAUACCUGCAGCUUCUCCGCAACAAGCGCGAGGAGCUGUCCACCGCCAAGGACCGGCUGCUGAACGGGCUGGGCAAGCUGAGCGACACCAACCUGCUGGUCGACCGCAUGAAGGCGGAGCUGGCGGGGCUGCAGCCCAUUUUGGAGACCAAGUCGCGGGCCACGGCGGACCUGCUGGUCAAGGUGGCUGCUGACCAGGAGCAGGCUGAGAAGGUGAAGAAGGUGGUGGCGGCUGAGGAGCGCGACGUGAAGGCGAUGCAGGUGCAGACGCAGGCCAUGGCGGACAGUGCCAAGGCGGACCUGGAUGAGGCGCUGCCCGCACUCAAUGCGGCCCUGGCGGCACUCAAGGCACUGGACAAGAACGACAUCGUGGAGAUCAAGUCCUUCCCAAAGCCCCCCCAGGCCGUGCAGAUGACCAUGGAGGCGGUGUGCAUCCUGAAGGGCGAGCGCCCCGACUGGGACACCGCCAAGCGCCUGCUGGGCGACGCGCAGUUCAUGAGGUCGCUGGAGGAGUUCGACAAGGACAACAUACCCGACAACACCAUCAAGAAGCUGCAAAAGUACCUAGAGAACCCCGACUACACGCCCGACCUGGUGGCCAAGGUGUCCAAGGCGGCCCGAUCGCUGUGCAUGUGGACGCACGCCAUGAACACCUACCACCGCGUGGCAAAGGUGGUGGAGCCAAAGAAGGCGGCGCUGCGGCAGGCUGAGGGCCAGCUGUCCGAGGCCAACUCCAAGCUGGCUGACAAGCAGGCGGCGCUGCGCGAGGUGGAGGACCGGGUGGAGAACCUGCGCAAGCAGCUGGGUGAUGCGCAGCGGGAGCAGCGCGAGCUGAACGACCAGGCCGACCUCACCCGCAAGCGGCUGGAGCGGGCGGGCAAACUGACCAGCGGGCUGGCGGACGAGGGGGUGCGGUGGAAGGCGACUGCGGAGACGAUUGGGGAGCAGCUGAUCAAGCUGGUGGGCGACGUGUUCCUGGCGUCCGCCUGCAUCGCCUACUACGGCGCCUUCACGGGCGCCUACCGCGCGGAGCUGGUGGCGGGGUGGAUCAGCGCCUGCAAGGAGCGCGGCAUCCCGGUGUCGGAGGCGGCCAGCCUGCGCUCCACGCUGGGCAACCCGGUGGAGAUCAGGGAGUGGAACAUCUGGGGGCUGCCCACGGACGAUGUGUCGGUGGAUAACGGCAUCCUGGUGACGAGGGGCAAGCGCUGGCCGCUCAUGAUUGACCCGCAGGGCCAAGCCAACGGCUGGAUCAAGGCCAUGGAGUCUCGCAACGGGCUGCGCUGCAUCAAGCUCACGGACGGCAAUUUCCUGCGCACGCUGGAGAACUCCAUCCGCAUCGGCAACCCGGUGCUGAUCGAGGACGUGGGGGAGACGCUGGACCCGGCGCUGGAGCCGGUGCUGCAGAAGGCGGUGUUCAAACAGGGCGGCCGCAUGCUGAUCCGGCUGGGCGACAGCGACGUGGACUACGACCCCAACUUCCGCUUCUACGUCACCACCAAGCUGGCCAACCCGCACUACCUGCCCGAGGUGUGCAUCAAGGUCACCAUCAUCAACUUCACAGUCACCAUGAAGGGUCUGGAGGACCAGCUGCUGGGUGAGGUGGUCCGCAAGGAGCGCCCCGACCUGGAGGAGGCCAAGGACCGGCUGGUGCUCUCCAUCAGCGCGGACAAAAAGCAGCUGGGCGAGCUGGAGGACAAGAUUCUGAAGCUGCUCAAGGAGAGCAGCGGCAACAUCCUGGACGACGAACAGCUGAUCAACACGCUGAACCACUCCAAGACCACCAGCAGCGUCAUCUCGAACCGAGUGCAAGAGGCGGAGGUGACGGAGCGCUCCAUCAACGAGGCGCGCGAGCACUACCGCCCCGCAGCGACUCGCGGGUCCAUCCUCUACUUUGUCGUCGCCGACCUGUCCCUCAUCAGCCCCAUGUACCAAUUCAGCUUGUCGUACUUUGCAAAGAUGUUUUCGUACUGCAUUGACAAGUCGGAGAAGGCCGACGACGUGCCUGCUCGGCUGGUGUUGCUCAGUGAGUUCGUGACGCGGUUCAUCUACAACAACGUCUCACGCGGUUUGUUUGAGGAACACAAGCUGCUGUACAGCUUCCUGCUGUGCACCUCCAUCCUGCGCCACGAAUCCGCGGGUCCCGAAAUCACCCAACCCGAGUGGAACUUCUUCGUGCGGGGUGUGGGCAGCACCACCUCCGCCCCCUCCCGCGCCAACCCCUACCCCAACUGGAUGACCGCCGCCGCCUGGGCCUCCGUGCUGCACCUGGAGACCGUGCUCAGCGAUACCUUCCUGGGCCUGGUGGAGAGCGUCAUCGCGUUUGGGCGGGACUGGCAAGCCUGGUUCGAGUCCGACGAACCGCACCUGAUUCCGCUGCCUGCCGGCUGGGAGGAGCGGCUGACCAAGUCCCGGCCCUUCUGCAAGCUGCUGCUGGUCAAGGCCUUCCGAGAGGAGAAGCUCACCUUUGCAUGCGCGCAGUACGUGGCUGGAAAGCUCGGCACGGAGUUCACGGAACCGCCGCCCUGGUCGCUGGAUGACGUGUUCCCGGAUACCUCCUGCCGUACACCCAUCAUCUUCAUCCUGUCCACGGGUGCGGACCCGACCGCCAUGUUGCAGCGUUUCGCGGAGAAGUGCGGCUACGCGACCGGCGAGCGGCUGCACAUGAUCUCGCUGGGUCAGGGGCAGGGGCCCAUCGCUGAGAUGCUGAUCAGCCAGGCGGUUAAGAGCGGCGACUGGGUGUGCCUGCAGAACUGCCACCUCGCCUCCUCCUGGAUGUUACGGCUGGAGGAGAAGGUGGAGGAGAUCUCCAAGGAGUCAAGCCAGGUGCACCCGGAGUUCAGGCUGUGGCUCACCUCCAUGCCCAGCAAGGUCUUCCCGGUGCUGGUGCUGCAGAACGGCAUCAAGCUCACAAACGAGCCGCCCAAGGGCGUGAAGGCCAACGUCAACCGAACCUACAACGACCUCACACCCGAGGUUCUCGCCGCCUGCCCAGCCAAGCCCGGGCCCUUCAAGAAGCUGCUGUUCGCGUUGAGCUUCUUCCAUGCGGUGGUGCAGGAGCGGCGGAAGUUUGGGCCGCUGGGGUGGAACAUUCGGUACGAAUUUAACAACAGUGACCUGGAGUGCUCCGCCAUGACGCUGCGGAUGUUCCUGUCAGAGCAGGAGGAGAUCCCCUGGCCGGCGCUAGAGUACGUGGUGGGGCAGAUCAACUACGGGGGUCGUGUGACGGACGAUUUGGAUCGGCGGUGUCUCAUGUCCAUUCUGCGGCGGUACAUCACGCCGCGAGUGCUGGAGGAGGGUUACACGUUCACGCCGAGUGGCCUGUACUACAGCCCCGACUCGGAGGGCUCCCUGGAGGACUACCGCGACUACAUCCGCGGCCUGCCCGCCACGGAGGCGCCCGAGGUGUUCGGCAUGCACGCCAACGCCAAUAUCUCCUUCCAGCUGCAGGAGACCCGAAAGCUGGUGGAGGCGGUGCUGUCCAUCCAGCCGCGGCUGAGCGGCGGCUCCAGCGGCAAGUCCAGUGACGAGGUGGUUUCGGAGCUGGCAGCACAGCUGCAGGAGGGACUGCCGGCGCAGCUGAGUCGUGAAGAGGCGGCGUUGGGGCUGUUUGACCGAACGGAGACGGGACAGCUGAACAGCUUGAGUGUGGUGUUGGGACAGGAGAUGGAUCGGUUUAACCGGCUGGCGGCAGCGGUCGCCACCAGUCUUGCGGAGCUGCAGAAGGCCAUCAAAGGUCUGGUGGUGAUGAGCGGGGAGCUGGAGGGCGUGUACAACAGCAUGCUCAACAACCAGGUCCCCGAGGCCUGGGCCCGCUACGCCUACCCCAGUCUGAAGCCGCUGGCUAGCUGGGUGGCGGACUACCACCAGCGCAUCGCCUUCAUGCGCUCCUGGCUGCAGGGGGGGCGGCCCAAGUGCUUCUGGCUGCCCGGGUUCUUCUUCCCGCAGGGCUUCAUGACGGGAGUGCUGCAGAUGCACGCGCGCAAGUACUCCAUCCCCAUCGACACGCUAUCGUUUGGCUUCGAGGUCACCCCCUACGAGGAGCCCGACGCGGUGCCGCCGGAGGCGGCGCCUGAGGACGGUAUCCUCAUCAACGGGCUGUGGAUUGACGGCGCGCGCUGGGACCGCACCGCCGCGCGGCUGGACGAGAGCGAGCCGGGCGUCAUGUAUGCGCCGCUGCCAGUCAUCCACUUUAAGCCCAUGCAGGACUACGAGCCGCCCGACACGGAGUACCAGUGCCCGCUGUACAAGACCAGCGUGCGCGCGGGCGUGCUGAGCACCACCGGGCAGUCCACCAACUUCGUGCUGCUGGUGAGCCUGCCCAUGCGGUCGAGCACCAGCAGCGACUUCUGGAUCCUGCAGGGCGUUGCGUUGCUGUGCAUGUUAGACGAUUGAGACGGAAAAGCGGGCAGUGUGUUGACCUGUGGUUGCUUUUGUGGUGGAUGUGAUUAUGCUAGCAACGAAUGGAACACGCAUGGGAAGGGGGGGGGUCAGUGGGUUCUCACUAGGCGGGGGUGAGCGCGGUGUUGGUAGGUGCUGUUGCUCAUCAGCAGUCCUGUGAUUGCCGCUCUCGUGGGAGUUUGGUACGCUGCGCUGUUAUGCAGCUCUGUGCACGCUGAUGUGCAACCCUGCAGUGAUUCAUGCUUGGGGUUUUGUGACUAUAGAGCAUGGGUUAACCGCACAUACAUAUUAGGACUGACGUCGGGCAACGCAUUGGCAUUGCGGCUGUUGACUAUCAAUACUUUAGUAUACGCGGUGACUGUAGACAAUGUGUAUGCGCACAUGGCACUAUGCUGGUAAGCCGAACCUGCGUAAGGCAACCAGCACCAUUGUUUGCUGGUGUGAUAGGUUGAGUAGGCUGCUUUGCGGGUAAUAGUUUGCUGCCCGCGUUACCAGAUUCCGGCAAUGAUAUGUACGGACGUACAACAUACCUCCCAGCAUACGGAGGUCAAGCGGGUUCUCCAUGUAA